UCAAACCCAUUAGGAAAUGGGGAGGGUAGUACCCAUGGGGAAUGGGGAAUGGGGAAUGGGGAAAAUUUAUUAUAGGGGAAUGGGGAUGGGGAAUUAAUACCCACCCCAUUAACCCCCAUUGCCAUCCCUACUUCCAUUCAAUUUGCUUCAAAGGCUACAACAUUUGGAGAAGCUUGGGGUAUCAGAAUGUGAGAAAUUGGAACAAGUAUUUGAUUUUGGUUCUGAAGGAGAAGGCAUGAAGCUGCUUUCUAGUUUGAGAGAUUUAACACUAGGCUACUUGCCUAGAUUGAAGCAUAUAUUGAACUGCUCCAGUCGUCAACAUGUGCAACUCUGCAACCUAACAUAUUUGUAUGUCAAUGAAUGUGGUAAACUGAAAUAUGUCUUCCAACCUUCCAUAGCUCAAGCUCUUCAUCAACUUGAAAAGCUUAUUGUAUUUGAGUGUGAAGAAAUGGAGGAAAUUGUUGCUGCGAAGCAAAACGAAGGGCACGAAGAGAGAGUGGACUACAAGAUGGUGUUCAAAAGUCUCAAACAACUCUACCUUGGGCGUCUUCCAAACCUAAGUGGUUUCUGCACAGGAGGAGACGACUUUCCUUUUGAAUGGCCAUCCUUGGAACGACUUGAAGUGCUAGACUGCCCCAAAAUGAAGACUUUCGCUGCCACUACUUCCGGCAGCACACCAAAACUGAAGGAAGUUCAAUUGAAAGUGUUUGAAUCCGGGAUACCGCUACAGGGGAUGGACUUGAAUCAGUUUGUGCAAACCCAUAUAUAUCAUUUCAAAGCCACCUAAGACAUGGCUAUGGCUUUCUAUGAUGCUCUGAUUUCCAUUGGAGGAAAAGUUGUUGAAUUAUUGGUGGAGCCAGUUGGGCGUCAAUUCGAUUAUGUCUUCUAUCGAGUGAAAUACAUUGAAGAUUUGAGAGACCAAGUUAAUAAGUUAGAGGCUCAGAGAAACGAUGUGCUUGACUCCAUCGAUGCAGCUAAAAGGAACAGAGGAGAAAUUCUAGAAAUUGUCAAGAAUUGGAUUGACGAAGUUAAUGGGUUCAUUCUUGAGGCUAAAGAGUUUCUAGAAGGUGGGACCAAUGUGAACCAGAAAUGUUUCAAUGGGUGGUUUGCUGAUUUGGUCACACGACGCCGGCUAGGUAAGGCAGCAAAAAAUAAAGCAGAGGAGGCUAAAAAGCUACAAAAAGAUGGCAACUUCCCUAGCGUAUCCAACCCUGCAGCUCCCUUGGGGAUAGAGUCCAAACCCUCUGAACAGCUCGUGCCUUAUGCUUCUAGAGUUUUGGCAAUGACGAAUGUAAUGAAGGCACUAAGUGAUGACAAUAUCAACUUCAUUGGAAUACAUGGUAUUGGGGGCGUUGGAAAGACAACUUUGGUAACAGAAAUUGCUAAAAAAGCUAAAUCUGAUAAGCUUUUUGACGAUACUGUGAUGGCUGUAGUGUCUCAGAACCCAGACAUUAAAAAAAUUCAAGGUCAAAUAGCUAGCUGGUUGGGUUUCACCGAAUUAAACAAUAAAGAAAAUGAAAUUGAAAGAGCAACCAUGUUGUGUGCAAAACUCAAGGAUGUGAAGAAGAUCCUUGUUAUAUUGGAUGAUGUUUGGGCCAAACUUAAUUUGGCAGAUGUGGGCAUUCCAUUUGGCAAUGAUCACCCGGGUUGCAAAAUCGUAAUCACAACACGGCGUGAGCAAGUAUGCAGAACCAUGGGAAAUGAAUGGGAGAAAACAAAGAUUGUCUGGCUUGAUGUUUUACCUGAACAAGAUUCAUGGGACUUAUUCGGAAAGAACGUUGGCGACGUUGUUGCCUCUUCCCCGUUGAAUGAUGUGGCCAGAGAGGUUUGUAAAGAAUGUGGAGGGCUUCCCAUAGCAGUAGUUACGGUUGCAAAGGCAAUGAAAGGUAAAUCUAACCUUGAAGAAUGGAAAAAUGCAGCUCAAGAAUUAAAAAAAUCAGUGCCAACAAACAUUGAAGGUGUUGAUCAACUAGUGUACAAAAGUCUUAGGUUGAGCUAUGAUUACUGUUGGAUCAUCUCAUGUGAGCUCCCAUUGGAGAACCCACUUUCUCCACCCAAUGGAAGUGGCUCUCCCACUCUACCAACCCCACUAGAGAGUGGAAGAGGAUAG